GGGCCAGUCGCUGUGCUGGGACUGUGGAGGUGAGACACAGAGGAGAGUGGAGACGGGUGGAGUCCUCUGGACUCUUUGGACUCUGGUUCCUGGAGGACACAGCUGCUGUGUGCAGAGACCUGGACUGUGGCUCUGCUGUUUAUGGAGAAAAGAGAGAUGAUUUUCCAUAGAGUCCAGUGUGGUGGGUCACACCUCACUGUGUGAAGAAGGAGAAGUCUGCAGUGAGAGAAUGUGUCUUUGGUUCAUCCUCCUCUUCCUCUUCUUGGGGUCUGGAGGUGAAGUGUUCAGACUCGGUGCGUCUGGUCUCGGGGCCCAGUCUGUGCUCAGGAUCAGUGCAGAUCUGGGACCAGUCCUGGACCUGGGUCUGUGAAGGGGCCUUGGACCAGCAGGGGGCAGAGGUGCUGUGCAGGGAGCUGGGCUGUGGGGCUCCUUCUCUCCUCCAGGGGGCGCUCUCUCCUCUGAAGCAGAAGUUCCACUGUGAGGGCAAUGAGUCUGCUCUGAUGGACUGUCCCCGCUCCGGCUCAGAGACCUGCUCCUCUGGAGCCGCUGUCAACCUCACCUGCUCAGAGCUCAGGCUGGUGGGAGGGGCCAGUCGCUGUGCUGGGACUGUGGAGGUGAGACACAGAGGAGAGUGGAGACGGGUAGAGGAGCCCAAUGGACUCUGGUUCCUGGAGCACACAGCAGACUCGGUGCGUCUGGUCUCGGGGCCCAGUCUGUGCUCAGGAUCAGUGCAGAUCUGGAACCAGUCCUGGACCUGGGUCUGUGAAGGGGCCUUGGACCAGCAGGGGGCAGAGGUGCUGUGCAGGGAGCUGGGCUGUGGGGCUCCUUCUCUCCUCCAGGGGGCGCUCUCUCCUCUGGGGCAGAGGUUCCACUGUGAGGGCAAUGAGUCUGCUCUGAUAGACUGUCCCCGCUCCGGCUCAGAGACCUGCUCCUCUGGAGCCGCUGUCAACCUCACCUGCUCAGAGCCGCUCAGGCUGGUGGGAGGAGCCAGUCGCUGUGCUGGGACUGUGGAGGUGAGACACAGAGGAGAGUGGAGACGGGUGUAUGAACCCUAUAGUCCCUGGUCCCUGGAGGACACAGCUGCUGUGUGCAGAGACCUGGACUGUGGCUCUGCUGUUUAUGGAGAAGAGAGAGAGGAUUUUCCAGAGAGUCCAGUGUGGGAG